AUGCACACACAUGCACACAUGCAUACACAUACACAUAUGCAUAACACACACGUAUGCGUUUAUAUACACUACACAUAUACAUCCACACGUACAACAUAUACGCACAUGCACACACACACAUGCACAUACACACACGCACACGCACAUGCACACACACAUGUACACGCAUACGCAUACACAUGCACAACACGCACGCAUGCGUACCUAUACACACACACAUACACAUGCACAAAUACAUACAUAUAUACACGCACUCACAUAUGUACACACACAAUGCAUGCACACAUACACACAUACACAGUUUUGAAGACAAGCGAACUGCCACCAGUACCCCCCCAAUCAUCGCUCUCUGUUCCACCAUUGAUCUCAAGCGACCAGCCGAUCCGACAACCCGACUCACUGAUCGAGGAAACCCCACAGCUCUCCGGCCAUACCACCGAUAUGCGAGCUGCCGAUGAUUGUAGUUCUUACGGAUAA